UUUAAAACUCUUACGGUAUGAGUACAUUUCCAUUGUUUUGCAUUUUAAAUUACUUCUAAGGUCAUUCAUCGACACCGAUACCUUUCCUCUCACAAGCUUUCAGAUAAUUUGUCAGUUUAAAACUCUGACAAUAUAAGUACACUUUCAUUAUUUUACUUUUUAAAAUAAUUCUUAUUCAUAAAAACCUUGACCUUGCCUGGCCACACCAAGCAUUUGACUUUCACAGACCACGGAGAUCUAGGCAAAUGUCUAAACCAGAAUUUCCCAACGAGGGGUCCACGCCCCACAGGGGGGCAAUUUGAUAGUUAAGGGGGGCAAUUUAAAAAUGGACUCGACACGACUUUAACCCUUUCGUUUUGGGUUAUUUAAAUGCAAUGCUAGAUAUCGGUGACAAAUUUAACAAAAAAGGCAAAUUCUUAAAAAAAUGCUGUAAAUAAUUAUUAGGUAUAAUUUCGUUUGACUUUAAAAAUAUAUCAACUGGGUAAUUAGAGUCGUCAAGUAAACUUCGUCAGCAGGGGCGGACUGGCCAUAUAAGCCCAUCGGUGCAAUCACCGGUGGGCCGGUCGAGUUAUGGGCCGGCCCACGUAGACAAAUUUCUUUUAAAUUAAAAAAAAAUAUAUUUUGUGCAUUAUUGAAAUACACGUUUUGUGUAUGAUAAUAAAAUUUGUAAAAAAGUGAAAAUUUACCCCCCUUCCCCAUAUAGGGCCACGUUCAGAUGAAAUCACCGGGCCGGUCGGAACUCGCCAGUUCGCCCCUGUUCGUCGGGGAUUCACCGCGGAGUGUGCCGCCUUUCGCGGGGAACCCCGGACGUUUUAAAACUCGCUAAACAACGCCGUUGUUCACACCUAUUUUGCCCAACUCAACUUCUGUAGUGUUUCACAUCAUUCACUUGGUGUUAAUUUGAAAUAAGUGUCCGUCAAUUAAUCGUUGAUUUAACAAAUAUAUUUAUAUAUAUUGUAUAGAUAUAAUUGCCCAUAAUAAAAUGAGUGGAACAAACAAGAACAAAACUCGUCAAUAUUCGGAGGAAUAUUUAAAAUUUGGGUUCAUACCCGCUGUUCACGAUGAGCGGAUGCCGUUUUGUCUUUUAUGCCAGCAAUGCUUGACCAACGAAUCAAUGAAACGAGGUCGUCUUAAGGCGCAUUUGAAGGCGAAACAUAGUGCUCAUAUAAAUUCAGAUUUGAGUUAUUUUAAAACUUUAAUGGAAAAGUUUAAAAAAAGAACAACAUUACAGUCUCUAUUUACUGCUCGUUCUUUAACACAUAAUCGUCUUUCUGAGGCUAGUUAUAAAAUUUCUUUAUUAAUCGCUAAAACUGGAAAAAAUCACACUAUAGGAGAGAAUUUGAUAAAACCGUCAAUAUCAGCAUUUCUUAAAACGGUUCUGGAAAAAGAUGACAAAGGUAUAAAAGCUAUGCCACUCAGUAACAAUACUGUUAGCAGAAGAAUAGACGAAAUGAGUGAAGAUAUUGAGAAACAACUUGUUGAAAAGCUGAAAACAAAAAAUUUCUCAGUACAAAUGGAUGAAUCAACUUUGAGAGACAGUGAGGCAGUAUUGAUAACCUAUAUAAGAUAUAUUAAUGAAGGACAUUUUGCUGAAGAAAUGUUGUUCUGUAAAAGAUUAGAAAGCACCACUACCUCCAAAGAUAUAUAUAAUAAGUUAAAAAACUACCUAGAUGUCAAUGAUAUACCAAUGAAAAAUAUAACAUCUUAUGCUGCAGAUGGCGCCCCUAAUAUGAUGGGCAAGAAAAAUGGCUGCUUAAAAUUGAUGAAAGAUGCGAAUCCAGAAAUGAUUAUUGUACAUUCAUAAGGAAAACUUGGUAGCUAAAAAUAUCUCGCCUGUUCUAAAUGAAGUACUACAUGCAGUAAUAAAGUAUGUUAAUGCUAUUAAAGCUAGUGCCAAAUGUGACCGUCUCUUCAAGUUAUUUUGUGAAGAACAAAAUGAAGACCAUGUGAGACUUAUACUUCAUACUAAAGUAAGAUGCAUAUCCAAAGGAAACUGCUUGAAAAGAUUUAUGCAACUGUUUGAUACUCUUAGUGAUUUUUUAAGCGACAAACCUGAAAUAAAGUAUCUGUUAACAAUCGAUGGUAAAGCAUUUGUAAGUUAUUUAGCCGAUAUCUUUGAAAAACUAAAUAUAUUAAAUAAGCAACUUCAAGGACCAAAUAAAACAGUUGUCGAUGAGAAAACAAAGAUAUUUGGUUUCAUUACCAAUAUAGAGUUAUAUCAGAAACAUAUUAACAACAAAAACUUUGAACAGUUUCAUUGGCUCCAAAAAUGUGAAGUAACUGAUACCGCUGUACUUGUCAAUCAUUUGAAUAUUCUAUCAGCUGAUUUAAAAGAAAGAUUUUCUGACUUAAAACAAAUUGAUUUCCCAACAUGGAUGAUGCACCCAAUAUUAGUGGAUUUGUCUGAUAUAUCAAAUAUGCAAUAUCAAGAAGAACUCGCAGAAUUGCAAAAUGAUGAAUCAGUAAAAACUUUAUUUAAUAUAAAAGGAGCGAUGGCAUGGCUUUAUGAAGAAACUGAAAUUAAUUACCCGAAUGCAACCAAAUGUGCAAGAAAACUUUUACUACCGUUUCUAUCUUCAUAUUUAGCUGAAUGUAGAUUUAGUGCUGUAAAUGAUUUACUGAUACAAAAAAGAAAUCGACUUGAUAUAACACAACGUGGAGACGUAAGAUUAAAGCUAAGUAAAUUGGAACCUAAUAUAAAAUCUCUGUGCAGCAAGCAUCAAGCGCAAGGAUCGCACUAAAUGAAUACAGAAAAAUCAAUAUUAAAAUUAUUCUGAAUUUCAGUUUUUCAUUAUAUGUUUUGAAAUUUUACUUAUGAUGUUUUGAUAACAAUUUUAUAGUGAUUUCCUUCUAAACCUUAUCAUUUAUAUUUCUAAAGGGAACAAAACAAUUUUUAGAGGUUAAAAAUUAUGUAUGGGGGCAUAAAAAUUUUAGAAAUGUUAAGGUGGGGCAUGGCCUAAAAAAGGUUGGGAAACACUGGUCUAAACAGUCUCAGUUUGUGGUUGAUACACUAUUUAGCUUCUUCAUUUCACCGCCAAAGUGCGGAGCAGUCAGUUUACAUGAGUUGUCAUUAGGGUCUGAAUGUCUGCAGUGUUGAACACAGCAUUUUAGCUGCUCAUAGUUAGAAAGCACCGAAUUUUUCAUUGUGUUAUACAGUGUCGGCUUUGCACUUUACUGGAAAGAAGCUUCAUGUACUGGCUGCUCAUUUCGAUUUCACAUCUUUUUCUACUUUCUUGUAUUUUUUUAAGGCGAUCUUGUCGAUUUUCUUUUAAACUCGCUGAAGCGGAGCGAGGGCCUGCACCCGUACGUGGUCAGACCAGACCGGACUCCAAUUUAACGUGGACUGACCACUACGGACGCAGGGUCUCGUACCACUUUUGAAUGCCGUUUCCGUCCGGCCCACUUACUACUCUUUUAAAUCUGCGCAGAUUUGACAACGAAAGCGUAAUUCAAAACUCUGAAUUUUGGGGGAUCUGUUAAUAAAGCAUUUGCGCGUCCGAAUCCGCGAACGGUGUUGACGUGGGGUUACUCGUUCACUCUGCAGAUGGGCCUGAAGUUGGAAGCGAGUUUUUAAAAAAAUCGACCUUUUCGAAUUUUAUUGCCAUUCACACGGGAAAAAGACAUCAAAACUGUGUCGCACCGAUGCCCUGGAUUGUUGGACAUGUGAUCCACGCAACGAAUCAACGUUCCAACCCUUACGUUCAGGAUGGACCACCCCUACCUCUGCCCCUCUCCCUUCAGCUUCAGGGGCAGUUUUCUAAACGAGACCUUUUCAGCAUUCAUCCUUAACGUAUCGAGAACAAACAUAGUGAAUUUCAUCGCCCUCCGAUGUGUGGAAGUGCUCCCUUAUGAAG